UGAAAACGUCCAGUACAGGAAUAUCGUUGAUGUCAGUAAGUUUGUAACCGACGUUGUGAUAACCAGUAGAAUGUAGGUAUAGGUAAUCAUUAAUUUUUCAACAGACGUUAUGCUGUAUAACGCUAAACAACAAAUAAUUUUGUUCAUGAUUUAGAUAAUAGGUACUCUCGUAUUAUAGUAUUAUAUUUUAAAAUUAUAAAUUUUUUCGAACUCUAAAUCAGCUGCAACAUGUGGACCCGAUGGAUGUUUCUCUUUGAGCAUAAUAUGAAGGCGGGGCAUCAGAACUGCAGCCAGAUGACCGUGAUUGCUGUUGCAACGAUGGUGACAUUAGCGUGCUCCUUGAAAAUCGUGGCGGCCGACGAAAGAAUUGCCGACGACUUGGCCGGGGAUUACUGCGCAAAUGUUGGGUGCUGCGGUGAGAGGCAGGACGAUGUUUGCUCCGCACCGAUAUUGGGCACGAGGUGCUACUGCGACGAUUUCUGCUACCUUAACCGCACCGGGUCCGAUGACUGUUGUCCCGACUUCAUGUCGGUCUGCAAAGGCGUGGAAUCACUCCCGCCUGAACCGCUGAAAAUCCCUAAACUACAAUAUUAUACUGAAAAACCGAAUUGUAAUCUUGGAGAAGUGAUGAAUAUAAAUUGCAAUGGAUGCCGAUGUCAAAAAAUCGACGAAAUGCCGACGCUGAUAUGUAACCACAGCGAAUGUCUUGUCGAUCCGUCACUCUUGGACGCGAUUAGAAACCAAAGUCGUCAAUUUGGAUGGUCUGCCAAAAAUUACAGUGAAUUUUGGGGCAGAACAUAUGACGAUGGACUUAAAUGGCGGCUAGGUACACUGCAACAACCGGAAAAGAUUUUACAAAUUGUACCUUUGAAAGCUAUGUUCCACCGAGAUCAUUUAAAGUCAUCUUUCGAUCUCCGCAAAGUUUUUGGUGAUAACAUUACCGAUCCUAUCGAUCAGGGUUGGUGUGGCGCGUCCUGGGCCAUAAGCACUGCUCAAGUGACCACCGACCGUUUUGUUAUAAUGACCAAAGGAUUGAUGCGUGACGCUCUGUCACCGAAACACUUGUUGUCCUGUAACAAUCUUGACCUACAACGAGGAUGCCAAGGUGGCCAUUUGACCAGUGCUUGGAAUUGGAUAAGGACAUUUGGACUAGUCACAGAUGAAUGUUACCCGUGGGAUGGUCGGGCGUCAGGUUGUGCGGUGUCCAAUCAGAGAAGUAAUAAUAACUUAAUCGUGUCAUGUCCGCGCUCCGCCAAAACUUCGCCACUUAGACGAGUCGGUCUGAUGUACAGAGUUGCUACAGAAGAGGGCAUUAUGUAUGAGAUCAUGAAUUGGGGAUCAGUUCAAGCCAUGAUGAAAGUGUCCAAAGAAUUUUUCAUGUAUGAAUCAGGCGUGUACAAGUGUUCAAAAUUGGAUUUGGGAUCGAAAACAGGAUAUCAUACUGUAAGGAUUGUUGGUUGGGGUGAAGAGCAACAGAAUGGCAAAACAGUAAAAUAUUGGAUCGUUUCAAACUCGUGGGGACUUUGGUGGGGUGAAAACGGAUACUUCCGGAUACUGAAAGGAACUAACGAGUGUCAGAUCGAAGACUUCGUUGUAGCUGCGAUGGCGGACAUCGGCAAUUUCUGUAACAUAUCGGAUAAGUCGUUCAGAGAAAAUGCUUCAUACACAUUGAAUGGUACAAAAAUCGAUAUUUCUUAAGCAUAUAGGUCUAUAUAUAAAAUGUUUGAGAAUAAUACGCUAUAGUUAAAUCAACUUAUCUAGCAAACAAAAUUUGAAUGGUAUGAAAAUUAUUCAUAUCACCUAUAUACUUAUGUGUUAUGUAUUAAAAAAAAUGAUCAAAAAUAAUGUAUACA